AUGUGGAAGCAAUAUCCGAAUAUACCUGAAAUGAAUGAAGAAGUAGCUGUCAAAACAUUACCAAUUUCCUACAAAAAAAGCCGUUCACAUGUUGAUGAUUUCAAGCGAGAAAUUAUGAGUACAGUUAAGUUUGAUUCUCCAAGGGUUAUUCAAGUUAAAGGAAUUUCUAUUGAUCCAAACUCUGUUGGACUCAUGAUGGUAAUGGAAUAUCUACCCCUUGGUGCCUUAAAUAGUUACUUAAGAAAGAAUCCUCAAUUACAAUUAGAAACAUUGUACAGAUUUUCUAAACAAGUUGCUGAGGGUAUGCAUUAUCUAGAAGAACAAAAAGUGGUACAUAGAGAUCUUGCUGCUAGAAAUAUUCUUGUUGUAACAUCAGAUACUGAAGACUCAGAUAAAGACUUGGUCAAGAUCAGUGAUUUUGGAUUGGCUCGUGUGAUGACUGGCAAUCCACAAACUAUGUAUUACAGACAGAAGACUGAUACUCCAAAUCCAAUCAUCUGGCAUUGUCCGGAAGGAAUUGAAGAUAAGAAGUACACUUCCAAGGGUGAUGUAUGGGGAUAUGGAGUUCUGUUAUGGGAGAUAUUCAGCUAUGGAUCACAGCCAAGAUAUAUAUACAAAAAUAAUGAAGUUCCUUGUCUGAAUGUUAUUGACUUUAUUAAGAAAGGUCUUCGACUGCAAAAACCACAGCAAUGUCCUGAUAAAGUCUACAAGAUGAUGCUAGAAUGCUGGAACAUUAAGCAACAAGAAAGACCAACAUUCAAGGAAAUUACAGAUGAAAUAUUACAUAUUUGGUUUGAUGAGGAACACCAUAGUGUGAAGUUCACAUAGAAAUAAACUGUGAUAUUUAAUGUUGCAUGUCAAUUCUUAUCUAAUCAUGUAUUGCUCAUAUAGUUGAUAUUUGAAACGAACUGAAAUGCAGUUAUAGUUGGUGUCUGCUUACAUACAUUGCACCAGUAUCUGGAAAAUGUGAAAUGUGCUGUAUUUAUUAGAAGCAAUUUUAAUCAAUGCUAGAUUAUUGAAAUUCAACGUUUAACU